AUGUCGAUACAUCAUUCGUUAGCACAGCAAUUAACUCAAUUAGAGUCUGACACGUUUGUGGUAGCGGUGAUUUUGCAUGCACCACGUUAUUCACCUGGAAUUUUCCUUGAAAAGACAGUAAGUAAUUUUAUUCUUCAGUCCUCAACGAAACAUUUGGCGGAGAGAUCAUCAAGUGUCAAGGUCGCAGCCAUGUCCUCGAUCACUGGAUCUUUCGGUGACGAGUCACAACUCAGCGGUUCGACUCGUCCCUUUGAUGACGACGGCUACAUCGGCUACGAACCUCGCCUUUCUUCACAACGAUUUCCCUCAUCUUUUUCUAACUUCGAUGCCGACUCCAUCAAGGAAUUUGCCGGUGACUCAUCACCAGUCUUCACUAGCCAAUCGUACAGCGUCGGAGAAAAAUUUUUUUCUUCGAAUCCAGUGCCGGAUACUCCAUCGCCACCUUCAAUCUACUCGUCCGGUCUUGGAUUCUCAACUUUCUCGUCUGAGCAAAACGGUAAGAGUUUUCAUGGAGGUCUAGGUGGAGUGGACGGUUCGAUCUUGCCACCACCGGCUGAGAUGCCAGCAGAGGAGGGCUUUGCUCUCAGAGAGUGGCGUAGACAAAAUGCAAUAAGACUUGAGGAGAAGGAGAAGAAGGAGAAAGAAAUGCUACAAGAAAUUAUUGAGGAAGCAGAGCAGUACAAAAUUGAGUUCUAUAAGAAGCGAGCCCUUGGUAUGGAGAAAAACAAAGAUUCUAACAGGGAGAAGGAGAAGCUGUUUUUGGCAAAUCGUGAGAAGUUUCAUGCUGAGGCUUUAAAGAACUGCUGGAAGGCAAUUGCAGAACUCAUUCCCUAUGAGGUGCCAGCUAUAGAGAAAAGGGGGAAGAAAGAUCAGGAUAAGAAGAAGCCGUCCAUUGUUGUGAUUCAGGGACCUAAGCCUGGAAAGGCAACGGACUGCUCAAGGCUGCGACAAAUACUUACAAAGCUCAAGCAUAAUCCUCCUGCUCACAUGAAGCCCAAACCACCGCCACCUUCAGAACCUAAAAGGGAAGCUAAAACAGGUACUCCUGCUGCUGCUGCUGCUCCCCUGAAGCCUGCAGCCGCAGCCACCACUACUCCUGAUGCUGUAGCUGCAGCUUGAUAGAUAACAUACUGCCAGCUGAAUCUGCUUAUGUGAAAAGUAAUUUUCCAUGGUCCAGAGAUGUUUCUCUGGCAUGAUAUUGAACUUUGUUAAUGUCUGGAAGUCAGUCUUUCUGAUGUGCUAGUUGAGGCAUGUGGCAUUUUUCUUGCAGAAAAAUUUGUUUUUCCUGUAUCAAUUUUGCUGAUGUUAGGAUGUGCUUUUUCUAGCUAA